GGAGUGUACAUCUUCCUCCUCUCCGGCAGCCCGCUUGCAGUGAAAUGUAAGCCGACCUGAGUGCGCCAUGAACGGGCCUCAGCUCAAUGAUCUACCGGACGACUCGGAGCUGCUGGAGCCGCAUGUGAGCAGCCUGAGGCGGAGAGCCCUGCAGGCCAGCGAGCUGUCUGCUGUCAACACUUUCUCCGACGGCUUUCUCAUCAAGUUUCUGCGGGCCAGAGACUUCGACGUGGAGCUCUCUCUGAAGCUCUUAUUGAACUACCAGCGGUGGCGGAGGGACAGUCCUGAGAUCAGCACCUGUCUGUCUCCUUCCUCAGUGCUCGGCCUCCUCAACACAUCGUACCAUGCCGUCCUCCCACUGCGGGAUCACACGGGCAGCAGGGUGCUCGUCUACAGGAUUGGUGAGUGGAUCCCAAAAGACUGGACAGCCAUCCAGGUGUUCAGAGUCAGCCUCAUGACGUCAGAGAUCAUCGCCAUGGAGACUGAGACGCAGAGGCGGGGUGUGAAGGUCGUAUUUGACCUUCAGGGGUGGAGUUUAGGCCACGCCUUGCAGUUUAACCCUUCCCUCGCCAAAAAGAUAUCUUCUGUCCUCUCGGACUCUUUUCCACUGAAAGUUAGAGGAAUCCAUCUGGUCAAUGUGCCAAUGUUCUUCCGGCCGGUCUUUUCCAUGAUUCGUCCCUUCCUGCCAGAAAAGAUUAAACAGAGGAUCCACAUGCAUGGUUCUGAUUUUCAGGAUACUUUAAGCGACUUCUUCUCACCGCCCGUCUUGCCUCCAGAAUAUGGAGGGGAGGGUUCUGAAAUAGAGGAGGCAUGUCAAGACUGGACCAAUAACCUUCUUCAAUCGGAGAAGCUCCUGCACCAGAUUGCCGCCCACCCAACGGGUGACAUCGCUACCGCCUCUGAGGACUUGAUCUCAGAAGAAAAUGAGACUGAACAGCGCUCUCACAGGGAUGAUGAUUGAGAAUUUGGAUCAAAACAACCUAGUGCACUGUCCGGCGGCCAUUUUUGAGGUCCUUAACUCUUGAGUACUAACUGUGGAAGUUGUUGGCAGCUUCAGUAGAGCUGGAAAGACAUUGUUACUGUCUGUGCUGCUUUUUAAACCUUCAGCAUUGAACCAUCAGAUUGACUUUGAGUUUACAUGAUGUUUGCCUGUUAGUUACAUUGAUAACUGUCCUCCUGGUUACAUUACUAAUAAAAAUCCACCCAAACAAGUUGCAUCCCCUGAUGGAAAAUACACUUGUUUGCUUUCUUACCAAGUGAGGUGAGAACACUGAUAUAAAUCUCUCGUAACUUUAAGUGCAGAGCUGGAUUCAGGCUGAGGUUAGCCUAGCUUAGCAUGAAGGAUGAAGACGCAACGCUAGGUUCAUGACUCUGUAGGCUAGAAAAAGUAUUAUAUCCCUAAAGUUCACUAAUUAACUUGUUGCAUCUUGUUUUUAUAACAGUAACAUUAUUAUUAUAAUUUAGCAUAAGUUGCGAUACGCUGCUCAGAAGUGCUAAGCAGAAGUGCUCUUAUUCGUCACGAAAUUCUGACUUUUACAUUUUUGUUCAUUUACAGCUUAAACAAACAAGAUAUAUUACGUAAAUAAGGAAACAUAUAUAGGUGUUGGUGAGUGUUUUUUGCUUUGGAUAAAGCCUAACUCAUUGUUUCCCUCUAGCUUUAAUGUUAAGCUAGGCUAACCACGUUCUAACUCCAGUUCUGUACUUGAAGAAGAAAGUGAUAUAGGCUACAUCUCUUCAUUGGAAUUGCCACAAUGUUGAAAUCAUUCUUAAAAGUUUUAUACAUUUUUAAUCUAUGUUUUAUUUUGGGGUUUUUUUUGCCAAUAGGCUAUCUGCUAGCUGGCUGCUCAGGUUAACUGUGACUGUUAUAGCCACUCAAGUAUUUAGGAGUUGUCUUAAAGACAGGACAGUUCACUGUGUCGUCUCCGCUUGGAAACAAACCUACGUAAUAUUUUCGGUCUUUCACUUUAACAUGAAUGUUGCUGGAUUUUACUGAGUGAAUUUCACAUCACUGCAAGUGUUUUUCAGAGUUCUCAACAGUUGUUCUAUAGUUAGAAGCUAAUAACUAACAGCUAAUUCUCCCGUGGACCUCUGUGAUGGGAGAAGAUUUAUGUAGCAUAUGCUUGUUUAGGACAGCACACACUGGUCUGAACACCAACCUCCAGUUUGAGGAGUGUGGAAACCUGUGAAACCCUGGUAACAGUCUCCAUGACAGUUUGCUGCUUUGUGAAAGAACUUGGAUCCCAAACAGCAAGCGCUGCAGAUGAGUAUGAACCCUUCCUUCCCUCCAACUCAUCACUCCAUCCAGACUUUUAUCUUAUCAGCCAGUCCAACCAAUCCAUCCCGUCUUCGAUGUGUUCAUAUUUCACCUUUGGAUCUUUGGUCUUCAUCCUUCAUCCUUCUUCUUUUUUUUUUUUUUUUUUUAAUGAAGGUUUACCUUUAAGUUAUUAUAUCAUUUAUGAAAUGAAAUGGUGUGUUUUUGUGAUUCGUUGCACCUUUGACUAUGUUUGGACCAUGUAUGUAUCUGAGAUUUCCAUAAAAAUGUGAAUUUGCUAUACACAUUGAGUUUAUAAUUGUUUUUAAUAAUUCCUGUGAAACCUAGUGUCUCCAAAGAGAAUAGGUCCAUAAUAAGAAAAAAACAUGUAUUUAUACAUUAGAUUAUUUGUGUUUUUAAUAACACUUUAAAGUCUAUAUUGGCUUGACUGGAAGCAAAUAUUCCUGUGUGUCUUCUAAAGUAGACGGGUAAGAUUUGUGCACAUUAAUGAGUCAAUGAAUAUAAUGUUUUAAAUAAAUGGUGUCUAGGAA